AUGAUGACUGCGACCUACUCUCCUCAAGAGCUCAUCUCGAUUACUGAAAUCGAGCAAAGGACGAAAAAGAAUCGUGAAAGAGAAAGACAAAAGUAUCUUUCUAAGAAAAAAACAAGAUCUAAGGUUCAGCAAAAUACCCCAAAUGAUGAUAGUGGUAGUACUUGUGAUGAAAGUGAUGGAGCACGUUCAGUCAUUGACCAUGAAAUGGACUAUUUUUUUUCUGUCGAUAGCACACCUAAAUUGGAACCCAUUCGCGCUAGAAGUGAGGCAAAUUUAAGUGAUUCAGAUGUGGAUUUAUCAACUAAAUUUUACGAUGAGCCAUCUGAUGAAGAAUCUCUGUUCAGUGAUUCAGAAGAUCAUGACACAGACAACAUUUUAUUGAGAUAUCGUCUCGCAGAACCAAUUCAUCCAUACACGAAUCAGUCGACAUACGAUUAUUGUAUCGAGUUCUUACGUUUGUCAAGAGAUUGUUUACUGGACAAAAAUAAGGUAACAAGACUUUUACGUUUCCAGUCCGAUACGCUUCCUCAUCCUAAUAAUGUGCCCAGAUCCUUUCGGACUCUAAUGAAGAUAGUUCCAAUAAAAAAUACAUUCGAAAAACAAGUUUUUUCGGCCUGUUGUUGGAAGCUGCUGCCACAUGACGGUUGUGAUUGUAUUCCAGUUGAUUCGUCAACCCAAGACGUUUUCACGGUCGAUGUAAAAUGUGAAUUAGAAGGCGUCGUACAAAGAUCUUGGAAAGCCAUAAUGGAAUAUCAACGAAAAGCUUUGAAUCGCCCUGAUCUAUGCGGGAGGGAUAUUGUAACUGGUGACGCAUAUCAGAAAAUACUAGCGAAAAAAAAUAAGAAUAACAUUACACUGCUUUUUAGCGGAGACGGUGUUCCUCUAUGUGUGUCCAAUUCCAAAUCUGCAUGGGUGUUCUCUGCAGCUGUGAUAGAAAUACCGCCAGAAUUUAGAUACUCCUUCAGAAAUAUGUUGCUUUUGCAGUUUAGUGUUGGACUUUCAAAACCGGAUUUAAAUAUUACGUUAGAAUCAGUCAUUCGACAAUUAUUGGUUCUUCAGAAAAAUGGGAUUGCUCUAAUGUUAAACGGUCGAAACACACAUUUUAAUUUUAAUUUUUUACUAUUCACUGCUGACUCGCCUGCCAUGUCUCUCUUCUGCAAUUUUAUAGCCAGUAGUGGGCUCCACUCAUGCUAUAUUUGUACCGCACCGGGUAAAUAUGAUACAAAUUUAGGCAAAGUUGUUUAUCGCGAAACCGGCUGCGGAAAUAGGACGUUGGUUUCUUAUUACGAUAAUGUUAUGAAAGCAAGAGCAAAACGAGAAACAUCCCGAGCGAAGAAAGAUCCAACCAGUGAAGGAAUUAAAGGAUAUUCAGUUUUAGAACCCCUAUUUCCUCAAAAUUUGCUUGGAAGUAUAAAACCCGAUUAUAUGCAUUCAACGAUCAAGUGUGUUUUCGAUAGUUUAUUGUCGUUAAUUGUAGAUUCCAUCCCCAAAAGCGAUUUUGAAAAAAUAAAUAAAAGAGUAUUACAUACUCGUUUACCUCAUGACUUCUCACGCAAAGUGCGUUCGUUAGUUCAUAGACACCAAUAUAAAGCAAACGAAUCGCGGACACUGUUAUUGUAUGUUUUAUUGCCUAGUCUAAUCGGAUUUUUACCAGUUGAACUUUUCUCUCGUAUUGCCUUAUUCGUGUGUGGGAUACGAUUAGUACAUGGGGAUAGUAGUGUGCAUGAAAAUAGCGAAGAGAUCGCUGACAGUUUGUUUUGUAUAUUUGCACUCUCGAAUACCGAUUCCCUCGGUAAAAUUAUGAAUCUAUCAUAUCAUGUGCAUAUGCACUAUGGUUUGUUGACAAAACGUUUUGGAACAGUGAAUUACUCGAGUUGUUUUUCCUUCGAAGGUUUUCUGAGAACAAUCAUACGAAAUAAACAUGGUACGACAAAUUUUGGAGAACAGCUUUCGCUAUACCAUGAAAUGGAUCGGUUUCUUGCUUCAUUUGAAGAGAAGAUGUUGACAUGUAUUGAUGAAAAUAGAGUCGAAUUGCUAGAUAAGUUUGCCAAUAAUAUCAUAGUACAGCAAAAUUGUGCCUGCUUAUUGGAUUUCUAUCGACGGAUUCGUAUUGCUAAUGUUGUUUAUCAUUCGUUGUCGCAUGUCAGAAAAGGUAGAACAAACAGUUUUACCGUUCAGAUUGUUCGAGGUCAAAAGAAUGCUUCUCAAGAUCAUGAUAGAUCAUUUUUGGAGAUUGCUUGUUUUGCUCAAUGUAAACAUGGAACUUUCUGUAUCGGCCAUUUAGUAACAGAAAGUUCCGAUAAGUUCUCCACAUUUGCAUAG